CAUUAAGUGUGCUUUAAAUUUUAGUUAAGCUUUUGAAUAUUUUGCCACUUCUCUUGCAACUUAGAAAUGUUAUGUAAUUCAAUAUUCUCAUUUAUGAACGAUUCACGAUGACCAAGUGUCACUGUUACGGCGUUUAUAAACUCAUAGGCUCACACAUGUGUAGGAUAAAUACUCAACAAUAAGUUAUUACACUUUGUUUUGUCCUCCCCACCCUUUUAUUCUGAAUUGCAGAAACAAUUGUGACAUCAGAUGAAUGUUAUUUAUUUAAGAAAAUGGCUACAUUACUUUAUGCCUUGCAUUUGUGUUACUUUGACUGAUGUUGGCGUGCUCAAGUCAAACCACACAUCCCAGUGUAUCUUUGUCAGGCAAAGCCUAUAGGAAGUAUUAGCAUAUUAAGUACAAGUGCAGGGCAAGAAUGUCUUUUAGUCAUUCUAUUCUGUGUUAGCUAUAAAUAGACUUGUGUGCUGGUAUUAUGCAUAUUAUGAAAUACAAAACUUCUCUUCCAAGUUUCUCUCUCUCUUCUCUAACUGAUUUUCCCUCUCUUUCUCUCUCUAAACUCUGUCUCUCUCUCCUGAUCUGAUCUCUCUCUCUCUCAUUUCUACAUCUCUCUGCCCUAAUUCAUCUCUAUCUAGCUAUAAUCUACUGUUCUGUUACUUGCUUUGCUGCUAUUUCAGUUCAUAAACUCAGAAAACACCAAAAAUAUACAAAAACAGCUUUGUCAUACAUUGAAGGCAUGACAAAUUGGUAUCAGAGCUCUCAAAAUCGAUCCAGCCACUGCUUCUAUCAUACUGUGCUACUCAAAACGACUGGAGCGGUUGUGGAAUCACUGUAAUCGCAUAAGUAAAUCUGUAGAAUUGAUCAAAACAAUCCAGAUUGUGUUGCUGUUGGAGAAGUAAUUGAGACAAUUCAGUGAAACUGAAGUUAUCUGUGAAGCAUGAUGAAGGACAUGGUAGUUUAUGAAGGUGUGGACACUGAAUUUGAUAAGGCUGUGUUAGGACUCAGGCAACAGCUUAAAGAUGAUGAAGAAGCUCUAGAACAGAAGAUUGUAAAGCUGGAGUCUAGUAUUGCAGUGGCAAGACAACUGAUGGAGAGAUUCCUGAAAACAAAAGUUAAUAAAGCUAAGAAUCAAGCAACACUGGGUAGCACAAGAAAUGUGCAAGGUUUACAACAUCUUAAGCUCACUUUCCCUAAGUUCAGUGAAGGUGAUGAUGUGGAAGACUGGUUACAGGACUGUAAUCAGUACUUUGAGGUAUUUGGAGUCAAUGAGAGAAAGAAAGUGACAGUUGCAGGAAUGCAUUUGGAAGGAACUGCCAGGAGUUGGUACCACAUCUACUCCCUUCAUAAUUCCAUUUGUGAGUGGAAAAACUUUGCUGAACAGUUUACUCAGAGAUUUGGAAAAGGCAAGCAAGAAUGGCUGGUGGAAAGGUUCAAAAAACUAAAACAGACUAAGUCAAUGGAGCAAUACUACACUGAAUUUGAAGGAUUGGUGGGGCAACUGAAAGAAAAGAUACCCUCUCUGACAGAGGAGUAUUUCUUAGAAAGUUUCAUUGGGGGAAUGCAGGCUGAAGUGCAGCAAGUUCUCAGGAUAUUGACUCCUAAAUCUAGAGAAGAAGCUUAUAAGAAAGCUAAGUAUUUAGAACAGACCAGAAGGGGUCAGCAAGGGAAUAGUAGCCAACUAAAAACCUCAGCUAAGGAGAGCCAGGCUGUGAGCCAGGCUGCAGCUCAAGGAAACCUAGAGGUACUUGAAGCAAGUACAGGGCAAGACACAGAAAUAAAUAAGGAUGAGGUGGCUACCACAGUAGAAACAAUCACUCCUGAGGAGGGACAGACUCAGAAGCAACAGAUAGAAGUGUCUGUACAUGCCAUUGAGGGCCUUAAAGGGAGUCAAACAAUCACUCUGACUGGGUAUAAGAAUAAGAAGCAGUUCUCUAUUCUGGUAGAUGGUGGCAGCACCCAUAGUUUUUUAGAUGAAAAGACUGCUGCACAACUAAAAUGUGAGCUGGUUAAAACUAAACCUCUGAAAGUAAUGGUUGCCAAUGGGAAUCAGCUGGUUAGUCAUUAUGAAUGUCAAGGAUUUUCUUGGAAUAUUGGCAAAUACAGGUUUAAUACCCCUGUGAAAACCUUGCCAAUGGGAAGCUAUGACCUGGUGUUAGGGGUAGAUUGGCUGGGAUCUCUAGGUCCUGUGACAUUUGAUUUCAAGAAACUAGAGAUGAGAUUUCAGAAAGGAGAAGAAAUGAUUGUGCUGCAAGGAAACCAAGGGUCUGAUAAACCCAGGCUGCACCAAAUGACUGCUGACCAGUUUGUGAGGAGUUGUCAGAGGCAAGAACAUGGACUCUUGUUUAUUCUGGAUGUGGUUCACCAGCCAGCAGGAUCCCUACUCUCUCUUCAGUCAGAUGAUGGGAACAACAACUCAGAGGGGAAUAAGAAGCAGCUCCACAAUUUAUUGGAGGAGUACAGUGACAUCUUUAAAGCCCCUGAAGGGUUGCCUCCUGAGAGACAAAUAGAGCAUUCAAUUGACUUAAAAGAAGGCUCACAACCUUUUUCUAUAAGGCCUUAUAGGAACUCUUAUAACCAGAAAAAUGAGAUUGAAAAACUGGUGGCUGAAAUGCUAGAAUCUGGUAUAAUCAGACCUAGUAGCUCACCUUUUGCAUCUCCUAUAUUACUGGUAAAGAAGAAGGAUGGCAGCUGGAGAUUCUGCAUUGACUACAGGAAGCUCAAUUCAAUGACUAUAAAGAACAAGUUUCCAAUUCCACUAAUUGAAGAGUUGCUAGAUGAGCUUCAUGGAGCUAAGUACUUCACCAAGCUAGAUUUAAGAGCUGGAUACCACCAAGUCAGAAUGAAAGAAAGGGAUGUAGAGAAGACAGCAUUCAGAACUCAUUUGGGGCAUUAUGAAUUCACUGUGAUGCCCUUUGGCCUCACCAAUGCCCCUGCCACCUUUCAGAGCUUAAUGAAUGAAGUUUUCAGGCCUUACUUGAGGAGUUUUACUCUGGUCUUCUUUGAUGAUAUCUUGGUCUACUCUAAGACCAAGGAAGAUCAUUUGGUACACUUAAAGAAGGUCUUCCAGUUGAUGAGGCAAAACACUCUAUUUGCUAAGCAAUCUAAAUGUGACUUCAUGACUACUAAAGUAGCUUACUUAGGACAUGUCAUUUCACAACAAGGGGUAGCUGUGGAUCAAGCUAAGGUUGCUGACAUGGUCUCCUGGCCUCUGCCUCAGAACUUAAAAGCAUUAAGAGGAUUUUUGGGCCUGACUGGCUACUACAGGAAAUUUGUGCAGCACUAUGGAACUAUAGCCAGGCCUCUGACAGAUUUAUUGCAGAAGGAUAGCUUUCAUUGGAGUGAAGAAGCUACUAAAGCAUUUCAGGCUCUCAAGAAUGCCAUGGCUAGUACUCCUGUAUUGAGGUUACCAGAUUUCAGUAAAGAAUUCACCAUUGAAUCUGAUGCUUGUAAUACUGGCAUAGGUGCUGUAUUGACUCAAGAGGGCCAACCACUAGCUUAUUUCAGCAAGGCAUUGGGGAUAAAAGGACAAGCAAUGUCUACCUAUGAAAAGGAAUUGAUGGCCUUAGUAGCAGCAGUGAAGAAGUGGUCUUCCUACCUAAUGGACAAGCAUUUUACUAUUAAGACUGAUCACUGGUCUCUAAAGUACUUGACUGAUCAAAAGAUCAGUAAUCUGUUGCAGCAGAAAUGGAUCAGCAAGUUAUUAGGCUAUGACUACACUAUUGUGUACAGGAAGGGAAAGGAGAACACUGUAGCUGAUGCAUUGUCCAGAAGAUUUGAGGAUGAGUCAAGUGGAGGUGUUGAUAACCAUGAGGACAUGGCUGCUGUUAAGGGGGAAGGAUUGUCAGGCAAAGCCUAUAGGAAGUAUUAGCAUAUUAAGUACAAGUGCAGGGCAAGAAUGUCUUUUAGUCAUUCUAUUCUGUGUUAGCUAUAAAUAGACUUGUGUGCUGGUAUUAUGCAUAUUAUGAAAUACAAAACUUCUCUUCCAA